AUGACCCUCGGACUAGAGGCGCUGUUCGAGGAGCGCCUUGAGGUGUUCCCUGCAGACCCUCUUACUGUUGCAAGCAGCAAUUCAGGCCGCGCAGAAGAUCUGAUCAAGGCGUUGAUGAGAGAGCGUGAGGAUCUUCAGGCGCAAGUCCGAGAGCAAGCCGCAACCAUCGAGCAGCUGACCCGUCGCCUCCACUCGAAGCCUCAUUCGAACGCGCUUGAGCAGACAGAGACAGUGAACCGACUCUACCGUCUUGAACACGAAAACGAUGUUUUGCGCAAGGAGAAGGACAAGCUUAAUGACAAUCUCCGAGCAGCCGAGUGCGAAACAGCGACACUGCGCAGCCGCCUCGAAGAUAAAUCGCAGAAGGUGAAGGGCGCAAACAAGAAGACCAAGAACGCCAAGCAAGUGGCCGAAAAAGAGGGAGAAAAGGCAAAGGAUGCAGUACAAGACAAGCAGCGUUGCGCUAAGGCAGAGAAGCAAAUGAAACAGCAGAGAAACGAAGCAAAGGCCGCAUUGCAGGAACAGCUGAAGGCAGUCGAUGACCUUCGCUCUGAACUGGCAAUCGAGCGAUCCGGAAUCAUCCAUCUGCGCGAAACGGAGGGCACGCACUCCGACCUCACUACCGUCGUGAUCCCCAUGGAGUUCCUCAUCCGGCGUCAAGACUACGUCCACGCGCAAGACACGCUGGAAUCCAACCGCAUCAGCUAUGUAGACAGAGCAAAGGAAUGGUAUGAAAAGUGGAAGGUUGGCCAAGAAGAAGAGGAAGUCAGGCAGGUAGUAGGCGCAAACUACCUCAACGAUGAGAAGAAGGACAAGCUGUACGGUGACAUGAUUGAGGCUGGCUUCAUGGCGACUGGAGCUGAGCACGAUGGCUGGCGCUCUAUGAAGGGACUAAAGCAGAUCUGUCGCAACGUGCAUCGCAUGUACAUGAUGAUUCUCUGCCGUGUUGUUGGUGAAGACGGAGUUGUCGUCGGUGCUUGGCGCCGUCAGCCUCAGGAACAUGCAGUCCCGCAGUGCGCACGAACCCUGAGACCCACAUACUCCACCACCCGCAUUGCAACAGAGCUCCAACAUGUCCAACAUUCUCCCUCUACACUUUCCACGCCGCCAGACCUCGCUACCGCCGCCCUCACGCACCUCGCAGGCAUCAUCUACAGCUACCAUCCUCCCGCAAUCACAAGCACCGUCGCAUUACACAGUAGGCCCGGGCUGCGGUAUCCGUCCAACAAGAAGACCAUAUACGACCGAAACCUGAACCGGAGUAAGAAUGCGGAACUCAGCCGGGCGGCAUUUGCCUACCUGUUCAUCGAGAUGAUUGCGUAUGCGCAGAAGGGUGCCAAGGACGUGGGGGACUUGGAGCAGAGACUCAACCAGCAAGGCUAUCCCAUCGGCCUCCGCCUCCUCGACCUCCUCCUCUCCCGCUCCUCCAAUCCCCUCGCGUCCAUACGGCCCACGCGCAUCCUCCCUCUGCUGCAGUUCAUCGCACAACAAGUCUACCGGCACCUCUUCGGGCGGCCUGCAGAUGCACUGGAGCGCUCGGGCAGCGAUCCGGGGCAGUACAUGAUCUUCGACAACGAGCCGCUCGUCAACCAGUACAUAUCACUACCCAAGGAACUCUCGAGUCUGAACUGCGCGGCCUUUGUCGCAGGCGUGAUAGAGGGUGUGUGCGACGGCGCGGGAUUCCCGACUGAAGGCGUGACGGCGCAUAGUGUAGGUGAGCAGGAGGAUGGGAAGGAGGGUAAGGGCAUGUGGCCGGGCAAAACGGUGUUCUUGAUCAAGUUCAAGCCCGAGGUGCUGGAGCGCGAGGAGAUUUUGGGGCGUGGUGGUGGCUAG